UCUGCGACCAGCGACAGCGUCACAGCGUCGGAUUUUGGUGAUCUUCAGCAUUAUCUUCAGUGAUCUUGGUGAUCUUGUUUCUUGAAGCAGAACAUCAACAUAUUAUAUACUUGCCCUGUGGCUUGAAUAGUUUUAUGAGAUACCGGUGUUAUUAUUGAUAAAUAAUACCUUUAAUAUAAAAAAGCUGCUGUAAAUUACUAACAAUACAAUAAAUAGGCAGUGUGUCGUGUGUUUCAAUGGAAUAGUCUUUCGAUGAGCUAUUGAUACAACAUGGAUACUUCAAGGACCGGCUCUCCUGGUAUGAUGGCACCAGCCCCAAUGUUGCCACCACCUAUGCUAGGUGGCAUGCCUCCACCAAUGCCUCCAGCUGUUGCUAUGCCCCCUGUGCCUGGCAUGCCACCUAACAUGGCUGGUAUCCCCCCUCCGAUGGGAUAUCCUCCAAUGAUGCCAUUUUCAAUGCCACCACCUGGUUUUCCACCAUUCAAGCCAGAUCUAAGUGCACCAGCUCCUGAAAUAUCACCAAUGGCUAACCAGAACAGCCCAUGGUCUGAGCAUAAAGCUCCAGAUGGACGCACAUACUAUUACAAUUCUAUAACAAAGCAGAGUUUGUGGGAAAAACCAGAUGAUUUGAAAACUGCAGCUGAGAAACUUUUGUCAUCUUGCGUCUGGAAAGAGUACACAACAGAUGCAGGCCGUGUAUACUAUCAUAAUAUUGAGACAAAAGAAUCCAGUUGGGUGAUUCCAAAUGAAUUACAAGAAAUAAAAGACAAAAUUGCAGCAGAAGAGGCAGCGCAAACUGGUUUAAAUGCAGAAUUGCCUACUGGAGAUGUACCCUUGCCCUCAUCACCUGCCACAGGCACCACUGGGAGUUCAGCCUUGGAUGAAGCAAUGGCCAAAACUUUAGCUGCUAUUGAUCCUUCUUUAGCUAAUGCCAUUCCGAUACCUGAUGAAAUUAAACCAGAAGAAAUUGCAGCUCCACCCCAAAUGAAUGGAGGUGAUGGAUCAGAAAUGACGGCUGAAUUCCAAUACAAGGAUAAGAAAGAGGCCAUUGAAGCUUUUAAGGAACUUUUGCGCGACAGGAAUGUACCAUCUAAUGCAUCAUGGGAGCAAUGUGUCAAGAUAAUAUCAAAAGAUCCACGAUAUGCUACUUUCAAGAAACUAAGUGAGAAAAAACAAGCUUUCAAUGCUUACAAGACACAAAAGAUUAAGGAUGAGCGAGAAGAACAGAGAUUGAAGACUAAGAAGAAUAGGGAGAAUCUUGAAGAAUUUCUGUUAAGCUGUGACAGAGUAACUUCACUCACCAAAUACUAUAAAUGUGAGGAAAUGUUUGGGAAUCUUGAGAUUUGGCGCUGCGUACCGGAUUCUGAUCGCCGCGACAUAUAUGAGGACUGCAUUUUCACAAUCACCAAACGUGAAAAGGAAGAAGCUAAAGCACUAAAGAAACGGAACAUGAAAAUGUUGGCACAGGUAUUGGAAAAUAUGAAUGAAAUAACUUAUAGCAGUACUUGGAGUGAAGCCCAGGUACUGCUUCUGGAGAACUCGGCGUUUAAAAAUGAUGUUAGUCUACUGGGAAUGGAUAAAGAAGAUGCACUCAUAGUAUUUGAGCAACACAUAAGAAAUUUAGAGGCGGAAUAUGCUCAAGAAAAGGAACAGGUCAAAAAGAGGAAUAAAAGACAACAGAGGAAAAACAGGGAUAACUUUUUGGCAUUACUUGACGGUCUGCACGAAGAAGGCAAGUUAACAUCAAUGUCACUAUGGGUUGAGCUGUAUCCAGUAAUUUCUGCUGAUAUGAGGUUUUCAGCCAUGCUCGGUCAAAGCGGAUCGACACCGUUAGAUCUAUUCAAAUUCUACGUGGAGAACUUGAAGGCGCGAUUCCACGACGAGAAGAAGGUUAUAAAGGAAAUUCUCAAGGAGAAGCAGUUUGAAGUGAAAACUGACACCACGUUCGAGGAGUUUGCGACAGUUGUAUGUGAGGAUAGCAAGUCGGCGUCACUUGAUGCGGGCAACGUCAAGCUUACGUAUAACUCGCUGCUUGAAAAGGCGGAAGCGCGCAACAAAGAAAAGAUAAAAGAAGAGACGAAAGCGCAGAAGAAGAUAGAGAGCGCGUUCAAGUGGGCGCUCUCUGAUGCGGACGUGGACCAUCAGCUCAGCUGGCAGGAGGUGCGAGAGAAGUUAGAUCUUACUGCGCCAGAGUUUGCCGCUGUACCCAAUGAGGAGGACAGGAUUCGUAUAUAUAAGGACUUCCAACAUGAACAAGAGGAUAGCUGUAUGCAUUAUCAUCAUCCAAAGCCAAAGAAGUCGAAAAGAUCGAAGAAGAAGAAGCGUUCUCGCUCUGCAUCUUUGUCGGUGUCCCGAUCGCCGUCACCAGUGUUGCCGUCUCGCUCAGACAGCCGCAGCCGGGACAAGGGCGAGCGAGACGCAGAUAAGGCUGAGAAGAGUGACCGCGAGAAGGAAGAGCCGGGAGAGUUAGAGAAGGGGGAAGUGGAACGGUCGCCGACACCUGUUUCGCCGUCGUCGGAAGAUACGCGCAAACAUAAGAAGUCUAAGAAGAAACAUAGGAAACAUUCGCCGCCGCCGAAAUCGCCAACCCCAGAGGAGGGUGGUAUAUCCGAAGAGGAGGUGCCUCGCCCAAAGAAGAAGAGCAAGAGGUCAGCGCCCAGCAGCCCUGAAGACGAGCCCUCGCACAAGCCCAAGAAGAAGAAGGACAAAAAGGACAAGAAGGAGCGAUAACCAUAAUAUUCAUGGGUCGCGUUUAGCGGGGCGGUCGUUAGUUAUGUACUCGUAUCAUAAGGCGCGGUAAUUAACGGCUCGUCCAGAAAGGGCGAAACGGCGGCACGUUUUGGAUUAUAUUGCUCGCGCCACAGUUAGCGCCAGCAAUAUACGCCAAAACGUGUCGGCCAGUAAAUAAUGUGUAUGAAUGCGAAGGUCGGGCGGCGCGGUGCCGGCGUGGAGCGACGCCGAGCUGGAGUCGCGGCGCGCGGCGCUGCUCGCGCAGCUGCACGAGCAGGAGACCGACUGACGUCGCCCGCACAUACACAUCUUCAACGACUACCCGCGCCCGCCCCGCAAACCGGCCCCGCUCGACCUGCCCCACUCGCCGCCCGCCCCCGCCCCCGCCGUCGCCGAGCUCGACCCCCCCUCCGACACCCCCCCCAAACUCGAGGCGCCGUCGGAAGAUUCAGACGCAUAAGUUAUGUGAUGCCCGCGGGCGGUGGUGGUCGCUCAUCGGGCGGCUCGCUCGUUUGAUCGCUUUAUAAUAGUGUCACUCUCAUAUAGCGCAGUGAAAAACAAUUUAGUGAAUAAGCAAAACUGAAGUGAAAUUUUGUACAUAUUUUUUUCUGACAGUAUGAAUAAUGCUCAGGUGUCUGUUGUGUUAGUAGUGUGGAAUAGUAAUUAGUUGAAAUUUUAUUAUAUUAGCAUAGUAGAGUUAUGCUGUCCCAAUUAAUCGCAAUUACUCGUACAUUAUGAUGUGCAUUUGUCUGUCAAUAUAAGUUAUCUUCUAAUGUAUAUUUUAUUGAUAUCAUUGAUUGUAGUGUUUAACUCGACAUACAUUUUAGGAUAAGAUCAGAUAAUAACAUUUAUGUAAUCUUGUCUUUUAUCUACCUAGCAAACUGGGUAAUGUAAAUUACAGUUUUUAAAACUUUAAAUAAAAAAUUCAUUUUGUAAAA